AUGUUGCAUAUCAAACCAACUAGUAAACCGGAAGCUAAGGCACCUGUUAAGAAACCAACGACUCAACAAUCCCUGAAUUCCACAUCUUUGCUGCAUACCCAAUCUCUCGAACCUUCCUCCAGUCAUACAAGACACCCCAUUUUCAAUAUAACUGAAGGCACUUACGAGGAUUCUCCCACAUCCUCGGCCGUAAGUUAUCCCCCCGUUAAAGCGAAUUUUUCGACGAACAAUGAGAAGACGCUUCUUCCCACAGCCCAAGUGCAUAUUAAGCACAUGGGCACUCUCUUUACCCUAAGAGCCUUAAUAGACCAAGGCUCUCAAAAAUCAUUCGUCUCAGAAAAGGCUCAAAGACGUCUGCAACUUCCUACCUAUCGAGAAAAUUUCUCAAUCACCGGAAUGGGCGGGACUAUCGUUGAAAAUGCCAACCGAGUUUGCCAACUUACCCUAUUCUCCAAACGUUGCAACAUUAGCAUAAACACUAAGGCCAUUGUCCUUCAAAAACUCACCAGCUUUCUCCCAUCAUUCCAACUUCAUAAACCAAAUCUCUCAGAAAUUAAGGACCUAGAUCUUGCGGAUCCCUAUUUCUAUACCCCCGGUCCAAUUGACCUAGUCAUAGGUAGUGACCUGAUACCACAAAUCCUCCUUCAAGGAGUCAAGCACCAAGUUUUUGGAAGUCUCCUAGCUCAAAAUACCAUUUUUGGUUGGUAUUUAAGUGGGCCGUUGAAAUCAAUUGAGUGCACCAGUUUUGACACUCAUGUUGUUGAAGACUCAAGCGAAAAUUUCAACACUCAACUUAAACUUUUCUGGGAAACCGAAGAAAUCACUGAACCCCGUCCACCUUCCGAUGCUGAUGCAUUUUGCGAAAAAUUUUAUCAAGACACCACCUAUCGGCAAAGUGAUGGACGAUAUGUAGUCAGAUUGCCAUUUAAAUCCGAGUUUCCUUCUAACCUCACUCUCGGUCCAUCUCGUUCGCAAGCAAUGAAGCAAGCGAUUCGGAUGGAACACACGCUUAAAAAAAACCCCGAUCUCAAAGAAGAAUAUAAUCGAGUAUUAGAAGAGUAUCUGUCCCUAGAUCAUAUGAAAUCAAUCACUCCCUAUGAAAUCCAUGAAGAUGGCAAAUGCUUCUCAUAUUAUCUCCCUCAUCAUUCAGUCGUUAAACCCGAUAGUAAAUCCACCAAAGUUCGUGUGGUAUUUAACGCCUCUAAACCUUCAGCGUCAGGAACUUCCCUUAAUGACAUUCUCCACAUUGGCCCCACCUUACAAUCUGAUCUCAUGUUUGUCAUUUUGAAUUGGCGAUUGUACAAAUAUGUCUUCAACGGCGACAUACAAAAGAUGUACCGCCAAAUCCUUCUACACGAAGAUGAUCAACAGUACCAACGAAUUCUCUUUCGUAGGGAAAACGAUACUAAACUCACGGACUUUGCCCUUAAAACCGUCACCUUUGGAGUUAAUUGCGCUCCAUAUCUAGCCAUUCGCACCUUGCACCAGUUGGCAAACGAUUCAAAAGCCUCUUAUCCUCUAGCCCAAAGAAUCCUGACAAAUGAAACCUAUGUUGAUGAUAUACUGUCAGGUGGGCACGAUAUUCCCUCUUGUGUAGAUUCUCAGACUCAAUUAAUUCAAUGCCUACUCUCAGCUGGUUUCCCCCUGAAGAAAAUUACUGCUAAUCACACCGAAAUACUCAGUCAUAUACCAGCUGAAGACUUGCUUGACUCGGAUCUCCUAAAAUUGGAUUGUUCAAGUUCUACUAAAACCCUUGGUAUCCAAUGGCAUGCCUUAAAGGAUUCCUUUUCAUACUCUAUUGACCCCAUCAAAUCACAGACGAGUGCUACAAAGCGGCAAAUUUAA